CCACAUGUGAUCAUGUCUGUGUUGUUUUCUUUCUUUUUACCUAGGAUUUACAAGUUAAAGGUAAUGAUUAAAUUGUCCCACAAAACGACCCGUUUGGAUUGUGUUUACUUUGGUCACAUUUUAGAACAGACACGUGAAUACCCGAAUCUUUAAUCAUGUCGAAGAAGGUGGCAGUGGUAACUGGAUCUAAUAAGGGGAUAGGGUACGCCAUAGUUCGAGGUCUGUGCAAGCAGUUUGAGGGAGAUGUCUACCUUACUGCAAGGAAGGAGGAGUUGGGCCAGGAGGCCACCAAGAGCUUAAACUCGGAGGGACUGUAUCCAAAGUUCCAUCAACUUGACAUCACGGACCAAGCCAGCAUUGAUCGUCUGAGAGAUUUCCUCAAGAAUACAUACGGCGGUUUGGACAUCCUGGUCAACAAUGCCGGAAUUGCUUACAAGCAAGACUCUACGGCUCCAUUUGCGGAACAGGCAGAAGUGACAAUUAGGACAAAUUAUCAAGGAACACUUGAUCUCUGCAAUGCUCUGUUUCCGUUACUGAGACCGCAUGCGCGGGUUGUAAACGUUUCAAGCAUGGCAAGUACCUUUGCAAUUAAGAAAUGUAGCAAACAGGUUCAAGCAAAGUUUUUAAACUACAAAGUUACAGUCGACGACCUAACAAAUUUAAUGCACGACUUCAUACAAGCAGCAAAAAAAGGUAACCACGAAAGCAAAGGGUAUCCUAGCAGCGCUUACGGCAUGUCAAAGGUCGGCGUGUCAGUUUUGACAGAAAUUCAGCAUCGCCAACUUUCGACAGACUCGCGAGAAGACAUCUUAGUCAAUGCUUGCUGUCCUGGUUACGUCGAUACGGAUAUGUCGUCACACAAAGGGCAUAAAACCAUUGACCAAGGCGCAGACACACCCCUUUACUUGGCUCUUCUCCCGCCAGGAACCAAAAGUCCAGCGGGGAAUUUUUUAUCGGAAAGGAAGAUUAAGAAAUGGAACGAAUAAUCAGUACACUUCAUCUUUGUUUCGUACUUUUAUUUCAAUUAAUUAAGAUAUGUAGAUUAACUCAUUUCUGUUAUGAACUCUAUGAACUUGUAAGAGUAUAAAUACCAAAUUAUUUGUAAAAUAAACUAUUUGCUAACAGG